AUUACUCCUGACUCCUAGCCUGAGUUCGGCCACCGCCCUCGGCCGGAAGCUGAGGGGCGGGCCCAGGAUGCGAGACCCGGCCUCGCCUCCUAUCUCCUCCUAUUAAUUCCUCGCGGCCCGGGCAACCCCAGGAAUCUCUCGUGGCUAACUCCGUGCAGCGCCGGGCUUGUGGCUUAGUGGUCCCGGGACGGCCUGCGGCUGCGAGGACCUGAAGCCAUCGUCCAGCCCAACAUCGCUGUACACCUGGGGAGUCCGAGACCCAGUGAGAGCAGUGCGGCCCGAGGUGGCCCAGCCCGCAGCAGGACCAAGGCCAGUUGCAGGUCUCCUGACUCCCAGCUUGGUGUCCCGCGUCUUCGUGGACUUUAGAAACCUCAAAUGGCCAAACUACUACAACAUCCACCCAAGUUCUUGCCCUCAGAGUGGCACAUUGCUAACAAGAACCAAUACCACAGAGCAGAGGCCCAAAGGUCCCGGUCCGAACGCCUGGUGGCAGAAAGCCAGAGGCUUGUGAAUGAAAUUGAAAAGACCACAAGAAAAUCUCAAAGCGAUGUGAACAAGAAACUAGAGCAGAGGCUUGAGGAAGUCAGGUUCUGGAAGAAGGAGUUAGAUGACAAACUUGAGCAGCUGGUGCACGCGACCGAAGAUCUACUCAUCUAUCAGACCAGAUUGGAGAAAGCCCUGGAGAGCUUUAAAGAGCCCUUGCACAUCACUGAGAAGUGUCUGGAAUACAGGGAGAAGCGAGUUGGCAUUGACUUGGUCCACGAUGAGGUAGAGCAGGAGCUGAUCAAGGAGGCGGAGAUCAUCCGGGGGGCGAUGGCCCUGCUGACCCGCACCCUGGAGGAGACGUCCGAGCAGAUCAGGCUGAACCGCGCUGCCAAGUACAGUCUUGAAAAGGACUUGAGGGACAAGUUUACAGCCCUGACCAUUGAUGAUAUCUGCUUCUCACUCAACAACAACUCGCCAGACAUCAAAUGUUCUGAGAACGUCGUGAGGGUUGAAGCAAACUCUGUGAGUCUGGAAGACUGGAUGGACUUCUCCAACACCAACGUGGAGAAGGCUGACAAGCAGAGGAACAACUCUCUGACGCUGAAGGCCCUCGUGGACCGAACCUUGUCCCAGACGGCCAACGACCUAAGCAGGCAAUGUGACGUGGUGGACACCGCAUUCAAGAAUGGGCUGAAGGAGACCAAGGACGCCAGGGACAAGCUGGCUGCUCAUCUGGCCAAGGUCAUGGAAGAGAUUGCCUCCCAGGAGAAAAAUAUCACAGUUCUUGAAAAAGCCAUCCUUGACCAAGAAGGACCUGCCAAGGUGGCUCAUACACGCCUGGAGACCAGGACACAUCGGCCUAAUGUGGAGCUGUGUCACGAUGGUGCACAGCACAGGCUGAUCAAGGAGGUCGAUGAGAUCACCCACAACGUCGCCAGAUUAAAGGAAAUGUUAGCCCAAGCUCAAGUAGAGCUGCGAGGCCUGAAUGGCAGGCAGCUCGCCCUGCAGGAGGAGAUCCAAGUCAAGGAGAAUACCAUCUACAUCGAUGAAGUGCUGUGUAUGCGUGUGAGGAAGUCCAUCCCUCCAAGGGGCGGGGAUGACCACGGGAAGUGGGCCGGGGACCUCGAUCCGGACACUGUCUGCUGCAAGUCGGAUUCUCAGAGAGGAAUUUCUGGCGACUCGACACUUAAAUGUUGUUGAAGGAACCUGCAGAGA